AUGGAACCCUCAAAAGACUAUGUAUUCAACCACAAAGGCGUUUAUUUUGCAACAAAAGGAGCCACACCUGAGUACAUAGAUACCCUGGAGACAUUUGAAAUCAGAGACAGCGAUGUUUUCAUAGUUACUUUUCCAAAAUCAGGAACUGUGUGGACUCAGAAUAUUUUGAGUUUAAUAAUUCAUGAAGGCCACAGGAAUGGAACAGAAAACAUAGAGAACAUGGACAGAAUGCCAUGGCUGGAAUACAAUGUUAAAAAUAUGGAUUAUACGUCUCUUCCUUCACCCCGUGUCUUUGCCACUCACCUGCCUUACUACUUAACUCCAAGAGACCUGAGAAACAAAAGGGCUCGUGAUCUUCGAAGUGCUGUGCUGAAGAUCUGCGACUUCCUGGGCAGGAAGCUGAGUGAAAAGGAAGUGGAAAGUGUUGUGAGACAGGCUACGUUUGAGAACAUGAAGAAAGAUCCCAGGGCAAACUACGAGAAAAUGCCUGGAUACCUGAAAGACGCCAAAAAGGUUAACUUUCUGCGGAAAGGCACUAUUGGAGACUGGAAAAACAUCAUGACAGUAGCACAGAGUGAAAGGGUUGAUGAAGUUCUGAAGAAGAAAAUGGAGAAUCUGCCCAUCAAAUUCAUCUGGGAUAUUAAUGAUCAGAUGUAGACUGCUUUCCAGCCUCAUCACCCUUUGGUGUUCAUAGUGGAUGGACAUAUUGUGUGUUCUGGAA